AUGGGUGCUGAAGGAUUAACAGAUGCUACCCGGGUAGCACUUCUCAGUGCUAAUUAUAUGGCUCGUAAAUUAGCUCCUCAUUACAAAAUCCUUUUUACAAACCAAAACGGAAUGUGUGCGCAUGAAUUUAUCAUUGACAUUAGACCAUUUGGAAAAUCUGCGGGAAUUGAGGCGAUCGACAUUGCGAAACGUUUACAGGACUAUGGAUUCCAUUCUCCAACAAUGUCUUGGCCUGUGCCUAAUACAUUAAUGAUUGAACCUACCGAAUCUGAGUCAAAAGCCGAACUAGAUCGAUUCUGCGACGCAAUGAUCUCUAUACGAAAGGAAAUACAAACGGUAGAAGAAGGCAAACAAUCAAAAGGCAAUAAUUUGUUGACUAACUCUCCGCAUACUAUCGAAGUUCUUAUUAAGGAGACUUGGGAUAAAGCGUAUACGCGAGAACAAGCCGCUUUUCCUGCAAAAUAUUUAAAAGAGCAAAAAUUCUGGCCAAGGGUUGGAAGAUUAGAUGAUGCCUAUGGUGAUAAAAAUCUUGUGUGUUCGUGUCCGCCUAUUGAAGAUUAUGAGGAUUCCGGAGAAACAAAAUAG